AUGAAAGCAGUCGGAGUGUCGACCUACGGGCCUGUCGAUAAUCUCCAGUCUCGUGACAUUCCCAAGCCCGGAGGGCCAACUGAUUAUUACGAACACGCGCCCCAAGGCUUUCACGUUAUUGGAUACGAUGGUGCCGGAACGAUUCUAGAAGUGGGCCCCGACGUCACACGCUUCAAAGUCGGUGACGACAUCUCAUGGGUCGGAGCGACAACUCGUCAGGGUAGUUACGCAGAGUACCAGCUCGUUAGCGAGUUCCUCUGCUGCAAGAAACCGGAGAACCUCGAUUUCGUCGAAGCAGCGAGCUAUGGCUUGACAUUUGGAACAGCCUACCAGUCUUUGAAUCAUCGUCUGGAGAUUAAGCCUAAUGAAGACGCCGGCAUUCUGAUCAUUAAUGGCGGAGGCGGAGUCGGUAGUGCUGCUAUCCAAUUGGCGCGCAAUGUUCUACACUUACCAGUAGUUAUUGCUACUGCAUCUCGACCCGACACUGCAACGUCUUGCAAGCGAAUGGGGGCUACCCAUGUAGUAAAUCAUCGUGAAGAUCUUGUUGAGGAGAUCAAAGCCUUGAAACUAGACGUCCCGAUUAAAUACGCGUACGUGUUGGCACCGACUGAACAAUAUGUCCACGCAAUCGCAAAAAUCUGCGCUCCCUUUUCCAAAGUAUGCACUAUUGUACAAGCGGACAUUAGGCUUUAUGGAACCGAAUUCAUGUCCAAGUCGAUGACCUUCUCCUGGGAUUGGUUAGGUACAGCAGCGUUCCACCACAGCAAUGUCGAAAGCUAUCACGAGAUUUUCAAAACCCUUGGAAAUCUGAUGAGCGAGGGAAAGCUCUUUCCGACCCUUAAUCAGCGGUACAAACUUACUCUUGAGAACUUGAAGCAGGCUCAUCGGCAAAUCGAGUCCAAGGCCACUAUAGGCAAGAUUGGUCUUGGUGUCGAAGAGCCGGGUGAGGGAACACCUUUUGCUUAA